AUGCAGGAGCCGCCGGCACAGCACCAGGGUGGCCUUCCUCUUCCGCCGCCGGCGGAGAAACAACAGCCCGCCAUUUUCAACUCCUCCUCCUCAAAUAAGGAUUUAGAACCAGGAAGGUGUAAGAGGACUGACGGGAAGAAAUGGAGGUGUUCUAAACCCGCCGUCGCUCCUAAUUAUAAAUACUGCGACAGUCAUCUCAACAGAGGUGGUCGUACUCCUCGCCGCCGUUCAAGAAAGCUUGUGGAAUUGCUUUUGAAAGAUAUGGGAUUCAUGAUGACGACCACGGCAGGAGAUGAUCUCUCUGUCUCUGUGGUGGGUUCAAGUUCAAGUUCAAGUUUGAUGAUACCCAAUAAUUACCAGUCUUCUACAGUUUCUUCUCUUACUCUAUCAAUGGCAAUGAGGACUAUGUCUGCCUCUGCUGAUGGUAGCAUUCAAGAUGAUCAAAUGGGUCUUAUUAAAUCAUCUAGUUUGGAUAUGGAUCACCAGCUUAUGCAGAGAGAUCUGAUAUUAACCAAUAAUGAUGGUGGGUUUCUACCGACGGCGAACUUACCGGUUCAGAACAAGAGAAGGCGGAUGGUUUCUUCAGAUAGGGAUGAUCAGUUACUUCUUCCUCAAUCAAUGGCUAUGGCGGCAGCAGCAGGAGGUUACAUUUUGGAUAUAAAUGUUGAAGAAGAAGAAGAAGAAGAUGAUGAUAAGCCAUUAAUGAAAUCGAAUUGGUCGUCUUCUGUUCCAGAUGGUGGGCCUUUAGCUGAGGCCUUGGGUCCAUGUUUACCAUUUUGGGGAAGCGAUCCGAUCGAGUAG